GACAAAAACCCUCCAAAACUUCCAUCGAUUGUAUACAACAUUCGGCGCUGCUCCCGUCUUCUUACCAUGGAAGACGAUCAGGACCUCGACUUCAUCGCGCCUUAUCCGGCGCCUUCUAUCGUCUCCCUGUCUCCCUUCUCGCCUUCUGUCACGCCUUCUCCUCGCAGACUCUCGUCCCAUUUCAGCGCGCCUAGUCCCCCCAUCCGCUCAGCUCGGCAGCUCUGUUGGGUAUCCCUCCAGGGGCGUCUUGUUGGGGCGGAGGAAUGCAGCUCGGCUAAAGUAGUUGGGGGAGACUUUAGCCGAGAAGAAGCUGUUGCCUGGGAACUCUUUAGCCCCAUUCAUCGAAUCUUAAUCGUCGCCGUCGUUGCUGUCGCCACCGCGGACAUGAAGAAAUUUCGCCAGAUAUGGAAACUGAAAAGAUCUGUAGAUCUUCGGGAUCAAAUACUAUCCAGCAUGCAGCAGAAGCUCGACGACCUGUGUGAGCUGCUGAAUGCCAUCAAAGAACGCCCUGAAAUUGGGUCUGACAUGUUGUUCACAAACAGCAAGGAUUUCCCAUUUGGCGAAGACGACAAACUCGGUGAGGCCGUGUGUUCUACCUGUGGUUGUAAGGCUUGUAAUCAGCGAAACUCCAUUGACAAAGCAUGUAGUCGAGAUGAUAUGCUGAAAUUUAAAGUGAGUCUCGCAAAUGGGGCAGAGCCAGAGGAGCGCCGGAUGUCUGAUUUAUCAGAUUGGGCUUCGAGUGUUACUUCUUCGGUAGAUACUCAACUUAACACAUUAGUGAUAGAGCAAGAUAUAUACAACCUCCAGAGGAAAUGUGAAGAAAAGGAGGGUACUAUAAGGGAGCUUGAAACUAUUAUCUAUGAUUCUAACGUUGCUGCUGUGAAGCGAAUUGCAGAGUUGGAAGAUGUUAUCCGAAGGAAAAGCAUGAUAAUUACAAAAUUGAAGAAGGAUAUGGUAGUUCUAGAACAGAAGGUGGUGCAUCUAACGAGGAUUCGGCGGCCAUCCUUCUCUACACCAACACCGGAUGUUACACAACUGCCAGUAAUGUCAGAUAAUAUUCUCUAUGGCAUGGACAACAGCACCAGUCCAUCAUCCUCAGAUUCUGAUUCUCCUGUUGAGAACCAAUUACAUUCUCCAGUUCAUGAAGAUACAAACUUUGUUCUUCAGGAGGAUAUUGCUGCGACAAGGAUUCAGAAAUCAGCUUCAGAAAAGAUUCUGGACUCCUUUCCACAACCAACAGAGAAGUCUAUGAAUACACAACAUGUGAACCCUCUUAAUGAGAGCUCCAGGAAUCAGAAACCUAAUUCUACAGUGACAGUGAGGGCUAUGCAAUUAGCAUCAGGUGGUGGAGAUGUAAACAGGAGUAGGAGACGUAGUCAAAGUGCUUCAAAAGACGUGACUCAACAAAAGAGAUGGGUUUAGUAGGUUAUAGAGAAGAGAAUGACAUGGUGGAAACUCCUGUGCCAAAAAUUGGCAGUUCCAAUAUGACAUUCUAUGCACAUCCAAAGGCUUGGAGUUCCUUGGUUCGGUGAACAUAUUUUGAUCUGGAAAAAGUAUAGUAUCGAAGGGCUAAAGCAGUUUUGCACUUUUAUUUAUGUUUCGUUAAUGUACUCAAAUUUGAAAAAAGAAAACAUUUAGAAUGCAAAAAACAAUGAAAAAAAUUACUUUCAUUUUUAGUCCAAAAAACACAUUCUUACUGAACACCUGCAAAACUGACCUAGGCUACAGUAAUCUUAAAAAAAUUAGUAUAACUGGGCAUGUAUCUUUCUCUGCCAUAUGGUUGUUUUUUUCCCUCUUUUGCAUGAGAGAUGGUGGUUUUUCAUUUUAAUUGUGAAAAGCUUUUUGAAACUGCAUUAGAUGAUCCAUUGAGUUCUUCAACAUAAAGGUUAAGUAUAGAAGUUUGGAACACAUGAAGAGUAUAAAGUUUGUCAUUGAUCUUUUAUUUACUUAUUUUUCGAUUAUAUAAGCAUCACCGAUUCUUUGUAUAUUCCAUGUUAUUGUGUGUAGCUUUACGACAUAUACUUUACCAGCAAUGCAAUUUGCAUGUUAUACCUACUUAUGGUUGUGAGAGUGAACCUUCAAUCAAGGGAACUUUUCUAAUUUCGGUUGGAUGUGUUAAUUUCUGAAAUUUCCUUUGCUAGUGUUUUUCUUAUCCAUUUUGGCACAUUUUGGUCCUAGCAGUCCAUAUUCAAUGAACAUUUUAUUUUCCAA